AUGGCUUAUCCUCAUUAUCGAUCACAGUUUGGGGACACAACGUUUACGAAAGUGUUUGUUGGAGGGCUCGCUUGGGAGACACCAACUGAUGAAAUGCGUAGAUACUUUCAGCAGUUUGGGGAGAUUCUUGAGGCUGUCAUUAUUGCUGAUAAGAACACUGGAAAAUCUAAAGGCUAUGGAUUUGUGACAUUUCGUGAGUCGGAAUCGGCAAGGAGGGCUUGUGCUAAUCCAAACCCUGUGAUCGAUGGAAGAAGAGCAAAUUGUAACAUUGCUUCGUUAGGACGUCCUCGGCCUUCACCCCCGAGAGGAAGAAAUCAAGCCUCCGGUCCAUACCAGGGAAGUGCACCACAGGCUGCACAAUCGUAUGGCGGAGGGCCGCCAUUACCUCCACCGCUGCCGCCACCAGCCCCUAUUAUAUAUCCACCUUACAGCUACCCUACGUACACUCCUGCAGAUUAUGGGUACCAUCAACAGGCAAUGUACAACCCACAAGUUCAACAGCAGCCCCAGUACUACUCUCAUCAAGUUUAUGGAUCAUCACCAUCUUCACCCAUGGGCACUCCAUAUUAUUAUCAUGGCUAUUCUUUUCAAUCUCCAAGGGCAACGUUUUCUUCACCCCCGGCGCAACGUAUGCCUCCUCCUUCCUAUCUCUACUAUCCUACGCAGAUGGAGCCCUCCUCCUCCUAUCCAAAUCCUGCUCCUCCACUCCUACAACAACCCCCCACCUCAAGGCAACAUCCUCCCAAUUUUACCUCUCCUUCACCUGAGCAUGUGCUCAUGUGGAAAUCUGUACUGUUGUUCUUGGUCUCAGAUUCACAGAAUCCACAACAUGCGUCCACAGAUACAGAAGUUGGAGUUGUCACUUCAGAAAGUACUCCAGACGCCUAA